AUGGAGAAUAUGGAGGGAUCAAGAAAGAAGGGAAAACCGAAAGUAGGAAUUGAAAUCGAUAUUAAGAAGUUGGAUGAACAGUUGCAGAGGCAUAUAGACAAAACAUUAAUGCUGAGAAAGAAAAAACCGUGCGACGAUGACGACAAGAAUUCCAGUAUUGAAGUUUCAUCAGUGAAAGAAAAAAGGGAAAUCGAUCCCAAUAAACUGCUGCUGAAGAGUAAAAUCGGACAAGGUGCUUUUGGAUCUGUUCAUAGAGGUGUAUACGAUGGAAUUGACGUCGCAGUUAAACUACUGGACUUGGGAGAUGGGACCCAGAGAAAUUCUUUGCAUAGGAUUUUCUUACAAGAAGUUUCCAUAUGGAACAAGUUUGAUCAUCCAAACAUUGUCAAGUUGAUUGGAGCAAAAAGGGGCAUUGCAGAAGUUAACAUGAUAUCAGAUUGCAGCAAAAUCGACAAGCCACAAAACAUUUGUUUCAUCGUGGUUGAGUAUCUUAUGGGAGGUACUCUUAAAUCUUACCUCAUAAGAAACAGGAUAAAGAAGCUACCUCUGAAAGUAGUCAUUCGACUUGCACUCGACAUGGCUAGAGGGUUGAGUUACCUGCAUUCUUUGAAAGUUGUUCAUAGAGACGUGAAGACUGAAAAUAUGCUCCUUGAUAAAGAAGGAAGAGUCAAAAUAACUGACUUUGGUGUCUCAAGAAUAGAAGCUACAAAUCUUGCUGAGAUGACAGGAAGAACAGGCACACUUGGUUAUAUGGCACCAGAGGUCUUAAUCAGCAAUGCAUACGAUCACAAAUGCGACGUAUACAGCUUUGGAAUCUGCCUAUGGGAAAUUUAUUGCUGUUCUAUGCCAUAUCCCAACCUUGCAUCAAUUGAAGAAACUUCAUCUGUUAUUUACAAGAGCUCGAGGCCAGAGAUACCAAAGUGCUGUCCUAAUUCUGUAGCUGAUGUGAUGAAGAAAUGCUGGGAUACUGAUCCCAAGAGAAGACCCGAGAUGGAAGAGGUGGUACGUAUGUUGGAGGCUAUUGAUGUUUCUAAAGGAGGCGGUAUGAUAAAAGACGACGAUCAACCCCAGAGUUGCUUUUGCUUACUCAGGCGACAAAGGCGAUAA